GGCGGACAAGGACGAUUAGGUUGAACGAAUGCUGGCGGUGGCGUCCUCGGAGUGGGGUUCCGCGGGGAGCAGCCCGCUGAGGUCAGAAAGACGCGGCUCGCGCUCCGGGUAAGCUCCCCAAGCCCUCUAGCUGACCAGGUGGUGAGUUCAAGGUCCUAAUCCAACAGCACAAGGGAAUUCACACCAGCCCUGAGCCUCGAAGAUGGUGUCACAGUCUGCGGGCCGGCAGGACUCUCCUGUGGACCCCUGGGAAGGAAUCAGCAAUGACCCUGGCGACAUUGAUGGUUCGCCCAGCCUCCUGGACACGGACCACCUCUCUUGCGCAUCAAACAUCAGGUUUACGAGGCACAGAGCUGCGUGGAUUAACCCCCAGUGUGUGCGGCAACAGCUGCAGGACCCGCCCCCCCAGGCGCCAGCAGCGGGGAACAGAGAGAGCCGUGUUGCCUGGGAUGCUGCCUCUCCCUUGGGCCCUUCACCGUUAUCUCUUGGGGACUCCGUGGCGGAGGCAUCAUUGUCGAAGGGCACUGUGGACUCCAUGGGCAGCUCCUCUGCCCGGGGCUCAGCUGGAAAAGGCGGUGACUUCUCUCUUACUUCAAAGGAAGAACGGGCGGUGCUCCCAGGACGCUGUCCUUGGACGCCUCUGUUCACAAGCUCCAAGAUUGACUUGACUGCCUCCCCGUGUCGUGAGGCUGGCGAUACUUUUUUCAAGCCUUCCCAGCUGACAGCUUCCACUGAUGCAGGUGCUAUUCAAGUCGGUGGGAGAACCGUUUCUUCAAAUUCCUUCUCACCAGAGGCAUUCGUGCUCCCUGUGGAUGUAGAAAAGGAAAAUGCCCACUUUUACAUCGCAGAUAUGAUUAUCUCAGUCAUGGAGAAUAUGAAGUGUAGUAUUCUGAGUCAACAGCACACAGAGACCUGGAGUACAGGAGAGGCCGGCGGGUCGCUCGGGCAUGAGCCGGCAGACUUGGAAGGGAUGUUUUAUAGCCACAUAAAGCAGGAAUCCGGCUCUUCCACUUCGUCCGACAGUGGCUCUGAAGGUUGUGCUGUGUUACAGGUCAGCCCAGUGGUUGAAACACCUACUUACUGUGAUGUGAUGAAGGAUGACUGCAAAUGUGACUUGGAUGAAUUCGUUAUCGUAGAACUUGGAGAUUUCAGCAAUACCACAGAGACCUAUGGAUGUUCCUGCAGCUCCUCUAAGAGUGUCGUUUAUGAGCCAAACUUCAAUUCGGCUGAGCUAAUAGCCAAAGAGUUGUACCACCUCUUCAGGAAGUGCUGGAUGUCAGAAGUUAAUUAUCAGCUGGCAGGCUCCCUGAACGCAGCUGGCUCCAUAGUUGUAAAUGAAGAAUGUGUCCAGAAAGACUUUGAAUCCAGCACGGAUGUAGUACAGGAAAUUAAAUUGAAGUCGAGGAUCAGAGGGACUGGAGACUGGGCGCCCCCUAGGUUUCAAAUCAUAUUUAAUGUUCAUCCACCACUCAAGAGGGAUCUCAUGGUAGCAGCCCAAAAUUUUUUCUGUGCUGGCUGUGGAACUCCGAUAGAGCCUAAAUUUGUGAAGCGGCUCCGGUACUGCGAAUACCUGGGCAAGUAUUUCUGUGACUGCUGCCACUCGUACGCGGAGUCGUGCAUCCCGGCCCGUAUCCUCAGGAUGUGGGACUUCAGGAGGUACUACGUCAGCAAUUUCUCCAAACGGCUGCUGGAUAGCAUAUGGUACCAGCCCAUCUUCAACUUGCUGCACGUGGGCCACGGCCUGUAUACGAAGGCCAAGGAGCUGGACAGAGUGAGGGAAAUCCAGGAGCAGCUAUUUCACAUCAGGAAGCUGUUGAAGACCUGCAGGUUUGCUGAAAGCACAUUAAAGGAGUUUGAACAGGUGCCAGGACACUUGACUGAUAAGCUUAACCUGUUCUCCCUGGAGGACCUGGUCCGGGUCAAGAAAGGGCUGCUGGCGCCCUUGCUCAAGGACAUUCUGAAAGUUUCCCUCGCGCACGUGGCCAGCUGUGAGCUGUGUCAAGGAAAGGGUUUCAUUUGUGAAUUUUGCCGGAGUACAGCCGUCAUCUUCCCAUUUCAGACCGCAACGUGUAGAAGAUGUUCAGCGUGCAGGGCUUGCUUUCACAAGCAGUGCUUCCAGGCCUCCGAGUGCCCCCGGUGUGCGAGGAUCGCAGCGAGGAGAAGACUUUUGGAAAGUUUGCCCUCUGUGGCGACGUCAUGCCCUUGACUGUCGUGAGAAAGACUGUGAAACACUUGUUAUGAUCACGUCUCCUAUUGAUAAGAUUGUUUUAUUAUUUUAUUUUAUUUUUUUUCUUUUUGCGUUACGCGGGCCUCUCACCGCUGUGGCCUCUCCCGUUGC